AGACAUCAAACCGACCCGCGCGAGCGUAGCUCUUUCUCUCACUUUCUCUCUCUCGGUCUUUCUGCUUUAACAACAUCAGUUCUCCGGAAACGUGCUUGAAUUUAAAACUGCCCAUUUUUGGAGCGUGUCCAUUUGAGUCCGAGCGCACUCUGACACAGGCUCGGGGAGGCGGAUCUGUUGCUGCUGCUGUUGCUUCAGUCGUCGCGUGCGCUGUCCAGUGCUGAAGUUGCAUUUCGUCUGUGCGGAUCGCCUCGUUCUCAGCUGAAGCUUCGGAGCUUCCGCGUCUUUUCCCCGGCUCAGGUGUUUGACUUUCAGACCUGCAGGAUCAACUCUUCUAUUGUGCGGUGGAUAAAGAGAGGAUAACGUGCUGGAAGAGGCUUUCAGCUCUGCGCUCUAAACAUGCCAAGGUCUUUUUUGGUGAAAAAGGUGAAGCUAGAUGAUUUCUCAUCCUCUGAACUUGAGAGCGCGUACGGCAGGUCCAGGACCGAUCUCAGCUUUCGGAUUCACGACAAAGGCUACAUCAGUGACUACAUCACCCCGGCCAUUUAUGAUGGAGAGAGUGACGGAGGCACUAAAGUACCUUCUCCAGGACCUAUUUACGACAGCAACCACAGUGACUACGGGGCACCUGACUCAGACCAACCCGACAGCCCGCAGUCAGAGAUCACAUCCGGGUACAUCAAUGGCGACAAUGCGGUGAGCGAGGGUUACACCGUGGAUGCCUUCUUCAUCACAGACGGCAGGUCCCGUCGGAAAGUGAUAAGUGGCUCGCGGACCCUCCAGCGGCACACUUGCAACGAAUGUGGCAAAACCUACGCGACGUCUUCCAACCUGAGCAGGCACAAACAGACACAUCGGAGCUUAGACAGCAAGAUGGCCAAAAAGUGCCCAACAUGUGGGAAGGUGUACGUGUCCAUGCCAGCCAUGGCCAUGCACCUGCUCACCCAUGACCUCAAGCACAAGUGCGACAUAUGUGGGAAGGCAUUCAGCAGACCUUGGCUCCUGCAGGGCCACAUGCGCUCUCACACGGGCGAGAAGCCCUUUGGAUGUGCACACUGUGGAAAAGCCUUCGCCGACCGCUCCAACCUGCGGGCACACAUGCAGACCCACUCGGCGUUUAAGCAUUUCAAAUGCAAGCGAUGCAACAAAACUUUCGCACUCAAGUCCUACCUGAACAAGCACUACGAGUCUGCGUGCUUUAAAGGUGCGUUCUCACCUCACUCGUCCAUUGAGGCGUGACUUCCGGUCUGUCAGCGCUCACUUCCCUGUCACGUGUUAGGAUGAUUACGCUAUCUUACCCUGUUUCACAAUCAAAAUGAAACCCAAUAAUAGCACAAUUUUAUCUUUUGUUUCGCAAAGUUGACCUUAAAGGAAUAUGGAACCUUCGCAUGCACUUCAGCACCCAUGUCCUCAAAUGACGUUCAGACAGUUCACCUUGAACCUGCGCAGCACUCGACUAUGACUGGCGUCAAAUGAAGGUUUGAGUGACACCGUGUUCCUCGUUAAAAUAAAACUCUUUUGUAUUGUCAGUGGAUAUUAUCAUACUGCUGCAAGUGGCCCAAACAUAUUCGCAAUCGAGGUAAACCGGUAUUUAUUCCAUUAAUUUAUUUGACUUUUUGAUUUAUUGUAUGUUUUAAUUACUCCAUCUAGGAUGUAUGAUUGUCUAUAAUGCACUUUUUGUUUUUAUUUGGCCUUUUCUUUCUCAAUAAUGUUGCCUUUUGGGUUAUGCCAGACUUAUUAACAUGCCAAAGCAUUUAGAUCCAUGAUAAUAAUUUAAUGUUUUCUUUUUUUAUGAUUAUUAUUCUUGAUUUUUUGUAUACCUACUUAAUGCAU